AUGCACUACUAUUGGUACCUGACCAAUGAUGGUAUUGAGUUUUUGAGGAACUACCUCAACCUUCCAUCUAAGAUUGUCCCUACAACUUUGAAGAAGCAGGCCAAGAUUCUUGGUCACCCCUUGGGCCUAUGUGGUGACCGCCCACGAUGUUUUGAUGAUGUGAACAGCAGCCCACCUCGCUUUGAUGGAGGAGAGCGCAGAUUUGGUGACAAGGAUGUGUACCGUUCAAGUCCUCUUGCACCAGGGGGUGAUUUUGGUGACAAGGGUGGAGCACCUGUUGACUACAGAGCUUCUUCCAGGUAA